GGAAGAGCCUUUUCUUUGUUGAAGGAAAAUGCCUGCUCUUAGCAGGGUCAGAAGCUUAUCUAGCUAGCGGAAGGGGAGGGGAGACGAGGUGACCCUGGCCAUGGAGGCCUGGCCCAAGCCUGCCUGACUUUCCUUCCUAAUGACUGGAUGAUAUGAGGUGGCAGAUCCAGUUUAGGGCCUGCAAGCGGGUGAUGAGUAAGUGCCACCUGGGUGUGGUGCCGAGGGAAGAUGCCAUAGACGUCGGCAGGGAGCUCUCCCAGGAGGGGAAGGAGGUAGGAAGUGUCUGAACAUGCUGUCCUGAAUUGCCACCCCAAGCUCACAUCCAGGUCCUCUUGCUUCCCUGUCCAAGUCCUGUUCACCUACAAACACCCUCCCCAGCCCUUCCAGGAGAUCCAUCCCUAGGCUCCAUCUCACGGGCCCCUGGUGUGGCCACUCAGCUUUGCACUGGACGUCUCAGCCCUUAACUGGUUACAGUCAUGCCCUUAGAUGUCUCCUCAGAGGCUUGGCUGUGCCCAGCAGAUUGCCCCAAAGCUCGUGUUAAUCAAGAUGGUGCCACCUCUCCUGGGGUCGGCUCUUAACUAUGCCCACUCAGAAACAGUUUCUACAGUUUAUAGACUCAGGCUGCUGAAUCAGCCCAAGAAAGCUCCUGGAAGAGGGUGUACAAGUCCAAAGGCUAGUUUAUUAAUUUGCAAGGAGACUUGUGGACGUGACACAGACUUGGUGUUGUCUGGGCCCUGCAUCCUGAGCAAGCCAGACGGGAACCCAGAGAUCAGAAGAACGUGGCUAGUGCUUAGCAGAGCUAGAGUGAGGGCCAGGCCAGUGGAGGAUUCGGCCAUGGUGUCCAGUAACGCUGGGCUGUGUGCCCCUCUCUCUGGCCCUCUUGCCAGUGGUAAACCAGAUGCUCAGAUCAACCUGGCUGUGUGCAUCUCCUUGGCUGGUACAAUGUAGACUUUUCCCCUUAGCAAUUUUUCAUUUUAUUCACUUCUUUGUUUAGUGCUUUGCAAGCAGUAGCUCCUAGCUACAUAGAUUUGCAUUUGCCACAGUUAAAUAACUAUUGUGCAGUCUCAGGGUUUAUAGGGCCAGGCCUAUAAUGCAAAUUAAGAGGAUGGCCUGGUAACCUGGAUGGGUCCAUAGGAAGCUAAGCAAAGAACCAUGGUGCCUGAUCAGCAGAGAGACUCUGUGCAGCGGCCUGGGGUGAGACAGCCCCGAGGCAGUGCCUGCUGGGGUUGCCUCAGGCCACCUGCCCUGCCCAUUGGAUUGCUUGAGCCCUCUUGGGUCUCUGUCCCCUGCUCCUCAGAGCCAGUGCCCAAAACCAAGGAGAUGUGACCUGGUGGCCUUUGGAACAGGGCAGAGUUGGCUGGACUGGGCUGAGUCCAGUGUUCAGGAGUUGGUUAUUGUUAGCAAUUGGGAAGGGCCUUGACUAUUGCAAGCCUUGGUUUUAUCCUCAGCAAAAUGGGGGCAACCCCUCCGAGAGCUGUUGGGAGGGUGGGGCCAGAUGGUGCGCAGAGAGCAAGUCUGGGCUCCUCAGGGGGGCCGCCAUCAGCCAGGCAUUUGCAUUCUCUGCUGACUUGGGCUCCCGCCGCCCCAGAGGGCUGGACAAAGGCGAAGCCUCUGGGACCCAGCCCGGGGCAGAGGGGCAGCAGGAGCGCCUCCAUGUCCUUCUGCAGGGCUGGUUUGCAGCUGAGGACAAGGCUGCUGGCCUGACCUUUCCACUGACCCGAGGGGGAACGUCAGGUUUAAGGCGGGGUCUGUGAUAGGCAUCCAGAGAGGAGGGAAGCAUGAGGUGGUGUUCUGGAGAAGGAGGCUCUUUGGGAGUGCCCAAGAGGCCUCUAGGUCCGCCUCAGUGGUUUGGGCCCUGUGGUGUUUUCCCAUAGAGAACACCUCCCCCUCUAUCCACAUGGUCCGCCCCGUGACAUCAGUGGAAUGGAAGCACCUUACAGGUGACAUCACUGUUGCCCAAGGCAACACCUCCACCUUAAGGCAGCCUGGGAGGGGAAAGACCAACCCCAACUGUAAGACACAUGUUGAAGGGAAAGGACAUCGAAGGGGGGACAUCCACAGGAGAGCUCCCGCCAUGGCCGUGGGGCUCUUCCGGGUGUGCCUGGUGGUGGUGACGGCCAUCAUCAACCACCCGCUGCUGUUCCCGCGGGAGAACGCCACCGUCCCCGAGAACGAGGAGGAGAUCAUCCGCAAGAUGCAGGCGCACCAGGAGAAGCUGCAGCUGGAGCAGCUGCGCCUGGAGGAGGAGGUGGCGCGGCUGGCGGCUGAGAAGGAGGCCCUGGAGCAGGUAGCGGAGGAAGCGCAGCCGAACGACACCCGCGCGGCCUGGGACCUCUGGAGCACCCUCUGCAUGAUCCUCUUCCUCAUCAUCGAGGUGUGGCGGCAGGACCACCAGGACGGGCCCUCCCUUGAGUGCCCGGGCGGCGAUGAGGACGAGCUGCCCGGGCUGGGGGGUGCCCCGCUGCGGGGCCUCACCCUGCCCAACAAGGCCACCCUCAGCCACUUCUACGAGCGCUGCAUCCGGACGGCCACGGCCGAUGCUGCUCGCACCCGGGAGUUCGUGGAAGGCUUCGUGGAUGACCUGCUGGAAGCCCUGCGGAGCCUCUGCAACAGGGACAGCGACAUGGAGGUGGAGGACUUCAUCGGCGUGGACAGCAUGUACGAGAACUGGCAGGUGGACAGGCCGCUGCUCUGCCACCUCUUUGUGCCCUUCACGCCCCCGGAGCCGCACCGCUUCCACCCAGAGCUCUGGUGCUCCAGCCACCCGGUGCCCCUGGAUCGCCAGGGCUAUGCCCAGAUCAAAGUGGUCCGGGCCGACGGAGAUGCCCAGGGCUGCGUCUGCGGCAAGACCAAGCUCGGGGAAGACAUGCUGUGUCUCCUCCAUGGCAAGAACAAGACGACGCAGCCCGAAGACAGCGGUAUGGAAGACCUACUGUGCGCCAGAGAGUCCCCGUACCUGGACACCAUGCAGGUCAUGAAGUGGUUCCAGACGGCCCUCACCAGAGCCUGGCACCGCAUCGCCCACAAGUACGAGUUCGACCUGGCCUUUGGCCAGCUGGACACCCCAGGGUCCCUCAAGAUCAAGUUCCGCUCGGGGAAGUUCAUGCCCUUCCACCUGAUUCCCGCGAUCCAGUGUGAUGACUCGGACCUGUACUUUGUCUCCCACCUUCCCAGGGAGCCUUCCGGGGAGACCACGGCCUGCAGCACGGACUGGCUCCUGUCCUUUGCGGUCUACGAGCGCCACUUCCUGAGGAUGAUGCUGAAGGCCUUACCCGAGGGCGCCUGCCACCUGAGCUGCCUGCAGAUCGCCUGCUUCCUGCUGUCCAAGCAGAGCCGUCUGACGGGCCCCAGCGGGCUCAGCAGCUACCACCUGAAGACGGCCCUGCUGCACCUGCUGCUCUCCCGGCGGGCCGCCGACUGGCAGGCCGCGCAGCUCGCCGCACGUCUGCACGAGCUGCUGUGCUUCCUGGAGAAGAGCCUGCUGGAGAAGAAGCUCCAUCACUUCUUCCUGGGCAACCGCAAGGUGCCCGAGGCCGUGGGACUCCCGGAGGCCGUGCACAGGGCCGAGCCUCUCAACCUGUUCCGACCCUUCGUCCUGCAGCGAAGUCUCUACCGUAAGACAGUGGACUCCUUCUACGAGAUGCUGAAGAAUGCCCCGGCACUUGUGACCGAGUAUUCCCUACAUGUCCCCUCAGACCAUGCCAUCCUGCCCCCAAAAGCUGUCGUCCUGUAGAGCGCGUGGCACUUGAGGGCCAGGAUGGGGGGCCUCUCACGUCCACAGCCCGCGGUACCUGCAAGCCCUGUCCUGGGAACACGGCAGGCUUGGCUGGAGCCGAGGUUCAGCCUGCCACGAAGCCAGGCCCUACCGUGUAGACAAAACAGAAUAGCAGCUGGUUCACUCUCGUGCCAUUGGGGCCUGCUGGCUAGGCAGCUGGGGUUUGGAGACUGAGUCUGUGCUGUGUACUUUGGGAACACCACGGGUGGCCGAGAUGAGUGACAGGACACUCUGGACCCUGAGUUGGAGUGAAUGCAAAUGUUGAUUUGGGUACAAUUCAUUCUGCUCGUCAGGAGAGGAUCUACGAGUGAGCUGGCGGGGACCCAGGUUAAGACCUGGCACACCUGUCUCCUGGGACCCCUGGCUCAGCCAUCCAGGCCAAACCCCUGACAGACAGAGGUGGGAAUUCCCAGCCUUUGAUCCUCAUGCUGCACAACAGUUGGGGUCCCAUGGCAACUGCCACUUUCUGUUCUUUAUGCUAUUUGGAGAAAAGACUCGGUGACCCAUGAAUGUUUCCACUCCGCAGAACUGGGUCCUUGGUGGCAGAGAGGAGCUGAGAGUUGGCCACCUUGUUAGCCACAGGAGUGUCCUCUUCCACAGUGUGCUGUAGCCCGAGCACUGGUGGGUGCCCUCUACGUGCUGGGUGCCCACUCAGCAGCCUUUCUCUCUGUCCUGGCCAGUGCUGGUCUCUGUGACUGCCCAUCCAUGGCAGAGGCAGGACACUGCCAAAGGUGGAGGCUGGUCCCAAGAGAGGCACAAAGAGACAGGGCAAGGGACAGAGCCCAGUACCACAAUGCUGAGGUCUGCUUGUGAUCGGGCCCAGUGCAAAGUCGCAGAGCCAGAGGGUGAGGGCUGCUACAGCCUGGGUGGUCCUUGGGGCCCCAGUCCUAGGGCUCGGCCUGCUUGGCACCAUGAGCACCAGCCUGCAGGCCUCAGACCACCCCCUCCCCAAGUUCCUCACUGCACAGAGCCCACCCUUUGUCCAUGGGCCUUGCUGACCACACGGAUGACCAGACCCAAAGAGCCCAGCAGAGGGGACCCAGAGAGACAUCGCUGUCAGCAUAGCCACCUGAGGCUGCUUCAGCGCCCUGGGGACUGUGCACAGAGGGCUGCACCUCCGGGCCUGCUUCCGGAGGGCCCAGCAGCCUGUGCACCUCCACUGUGGCUUCACUGGCCCUUAGGAGUACCUCUGUCACCUUCGCCUCAAUAACCCUCACAGGGGACCAAAGUAGGAGGAGGAUGCAAGAGCAGGGAGCACAGCCCCCCCCAACUUUCCUGCCAGCAUCUGACCCUGCCACGCCUCCCAGACGGCAUAACCAAGUGGACAGGGUGCCCAGACGAGUUCUCACCCAGCCUCAGAAAGCUCUGGAAGGUCGACUGUGGGCGUGCCAGGGUUGGUUCACAGCAGGAGACUCUGCAGUGACCGGGGCCACGGAGCCUGUGGGAAGCCCCGUUGUGUGACCUGAACAGGUGCUAGGUCUGCCUGUCUGAAGUCACGACUGCCAGCCGGUCGCCCCUGCGAAUGCACCUGGUCAAGUGCAUCUCUUACAACAGCCCGAGCCCCCUCUCUGUUCCACCAGGACUCAUUUCCAGAACCAGAAUCGUUUUCCUUAUUUAUUACUACCUGUGCCUUGCCCCUCUUCAUCUGUAUCCCAUUGUGCUUUGAAGAGACCCCAGCAACCGAGAGCCGGCGGCCAGGAGCCAAGCCCGAGCCUGGAUCUCCCCCGGCCUCCCCUGUGCUGCACAGAAUCCCUUCCGGCUUCUUGUUUAUGCAGAGACAACAGGACUCGGUGGGAAACAGGCAUCUUUUAUGCACCAGCGCUGCUUCUGAGGCAGACGGCAGUGGGGCUCCGGGUGUCUCAUGCUGCCUUAUUUAUACUAAGGGGAGAAUUAAAUUCUUACAAGGAGUAGAAACA